AUGACUUCGGCAACUGGUACUUCGGUACUGCUGGGACCCUUGACAACAACUUGGGCGCCACCGCCUGCUUGUAGUAUCGCGGUUGUAGGUUGCAGUACAUGUUCUUAUGGAUGGCAAGCUCAAACCUGCGGUGAGCUCGAUGAAGUUCGCGACGAGCCGUCGUGUUGGCCCCCUAGGACCCUAGGGGCACCAGCACGGGGCCAACCUCUCUUCGCAUGGGGUGUAUAUUCACCAGGACUCGUAUGCCCUCAGGGAUACACGACGGCUUGUUCAUAUAAUGGUGCGCGGAAGACAGGGGACUUUAACUUUUACUUCAACCCUGAAGAAUCAGAAACAGCUAUCGGCUGUUGUCCGCCGGGAUAUGCCUGUUCUCGGCAUUCUGAAGGCCAGACAUGCAUCACGACAUUGACCUCGACCACUUUCCCAACUGUGACAUGCGAAUCCGGGACUAGCGCUCACUUUGAAUACGUGACGAUACCUUACAUUGCGGCCGGCGUUAGCACCACCCAAGUUAUCUCGACUUUCACUGUCCUCGCCCCUUUAUUCCAGCUUAACCAUCAGGCCUCUGACCUCCCGAGUACUACGGAUAAGGCAGCCGACUCGUCUAUUGUCAGUGCGACGUCCGCUUCACUGUCACAGACGUCACCACAACAAGCUUUACCAACGCAGUCAUCAAGUACGCAAGGUCUGUCCACUGGGGCGCAGGCUGGUAUAGGCUGUGGCGUUGCUCUCGGUAUCAUUAUACUAGGAGUUAUAGCUUUCUGCCUAUUUCGAUCAAGAAGGCGGAAAAUCGGCCCUACCGAGUUAGAAAGUACCGAACAAGAGACGAAGUUUCCAAUAGAGUUCCACGAGCAAGCCCCUGCAGCGGUCGAGCUUGACGGUAACUGGACGCCCAACAUCAUCGUGGCAAAACCACGUCUGAUUCACGGCAAGAAACCGCUGCGCGCGGUUAAACGCCGCGCCCGUCGCGAUCGUAAACCUAUGCUUGCCGUCGGAGUCGCGGCGGUCCGCACACGCCUGCCACGAAGCAUCGUCGACCCAAGUAGCCGGCUGGCCGGACAAGUGGCCCAGCGGGAACGCGCAGAUCGUGCCCCCGUCGUCUUCGCCCUGGCCCGGCAGCGCCGUGUAGUUCCCGUAGCUGAUGAAGCUGAGCUGGAACGUGGCGUUGGUCGAUGCGGCUGCGCAGUCUGA